AUGCCACGGCUCGAGGAGGUGCCUGAGCGCUUCUCCUUCCCAAAGGGGGAGGAGGAGAUCCUCGAGUACUGGAAACAGAACGACACGUUCCACGAGUCGGUCCGGCUCUCCGAGGGGCGGCCGCCGUUCUCGUUCUACGAUGGCCCUCCGUUUGCGACCGGGCUGCCGCACUACGGCCACAUCCUGGCCGGCACCAUCAAGGACGUGGUCUGCCGGUACGCGCACCAGACCGGUCACCACGUGCCGCGUCGCUUCGGCUGGGAUUGCCACGGCCUGCCGGUCGAGUUUGAGAUUGACAAGAAGCUCGACGUCAAGGGGCGGCAAGACGUGCUCGACAUGGGAAUCGCGACGUACAACGACGAGUGCCGCGCCAUCGUGGGGCGGUACACCAAGGAGUGGGAGGUGACGGUCGGCCGCGUCGGCCGGUGGAUCGACUUCUCCACCGGGUACCGCACGAUGGACUUGUCGUACAUGGAGACGGUGUGGUGGGUCUUCCAGCAGCUGCACGAGAAGGGGUAUGUCUACCGCGGCUUCAAGGUGAUGCCCUACUCGUGCGCGCUCAACACGCCGCUCUCCAACUUCGAGGUGCAGCAAAACUACAAGGACGUCUCCGACCCCGCCGUCGUCGUCACCUUCCCGCUGCUCGGCGAGGAGGGGGCAUCCUUCCUCGCCUGGACGACGACGCCGUGGACGCUGCCGUCCAACCUCGCCCUCUGCGUCAACCCGGAGCUCGAGUACGUGCGCAUCCGCGAGGAGGCGACCGGCGCGGUGUACAUCCUGCUGGCGACGCGGCUGGUACAGCUCUACUCGGAGCUCGCAAACCCGAAGAAGGCGGCCGACGCGCGCAAGAAGUUCAGCGAGGUCGAGCGGAUGAAGGGCUCGGCGCUCGCGGGCGUGGAGUACGCGCCGCCCUUCGGCUACUUCGAGGCGCGGCGCGCGUCCGGCGCGUUCCGCGUCAUUACGGGCGGCUUCGUCACCGAUGACUCGGGCACCGGCAUCGUGCACUGCGCACCCGCCUUUGGCGAGGAGGACUACAAGGCGUGCCUCGAGCACGGAGUGAUCCGGCGCGGCGAGCCCCUCGUCUGCCCCGUCGACGCGGACGGGCGGUUCAGCGACGAGGUGCCCGAGUGGCGGGGGUUGGGCGUCAAGGAGGCGGACAAGCACAUCAUCGCUCACCUCAAGGCGCAGGGGCGCAUCAUCAAGGUGGACGUCAUCAACCACUCGUACCCCUUCUGCUGGCGCUCGGACACGCCCCUCAUCUACCGCGCCGUCCCGGGCACCUUCGUGGCGGUCGAGGCCAUCAAGGAGAAGCUGAUCGCCAACAACAAGCAGACGUACUGGGUGCCGGGCCACGUACGGGAGAAGCGCUUCCAGAACUGGCUCGAGAACGCGCGCGACUGGGCCGUCUCGCGCAACCGCUUCUGGGGGACGCCGAUCCCGAUGUGGGUCUCGGACGACGGCGAGGAGAUCGUCGUCGUCGGCUCCAAGGAGGAGCUUGAGCGGCUCUCUGGCGUGGCGGUGAGCGACCUACACCGCGAGUUCCUCGACCACAUCGAGCUCCCCUCGCAGCAGGGCAAGGGCACCCUCAAGCGCGUCGACGAGGUCUUCGACUGCUGGUUCGAGUCGGGCUCGAUGCCGUACGCGCAGCAGCACUACCCCUUCGAGAACAAGCAGACGUUCGAGGCCUCCUUCCCGGCCGACUUCAUCGCCGAGGGCAUCGACCAGACACGCGGCUGGUUCUACACCCUCAUGGUGCUCUCGACCGCCCUCUUCGACAAGCCCGCCUUCAAGAACCUGAUCUGCAACGGGCUUGUGCUCGCGGCCGACGGCCAAAAGAUGUCCAAGCGCAAGAAGAACUACCCCGACCCCGUCCUCGUGAUCGACUCGUACGGCGCGGACGCGCUGCGGCUCUACCUGAUCAACUCGCCCGUCGUGCACGCCGAGGACCUCUGCUUCCGCGAGGCGGGCGUCAUGCAGAACCUCAAGUCGAUCUUCCUCCCCUGGCGCGCGCCGCGCCCGCCCGCCGCGCCCGCCCGCCGCGAGCGCAAUGCUCACGCCCUCCGGCCGCGAGCAGGUACCACGCCUACCGGCUGCUGGUCGCGUCGGCGCGCCGAGAUGGAGGCGUAUCGGCUGUACACGGUCGUGCCGCGGCUGGUCGAGCUCAUCGACCAGCUGACCAACUGGUACAUCCGGAUGAACAAGGACCGCUUCUCGGGCGAGCGCGGCGCAGGCGAGCGGCGCACGUCCCUCUGCACGCUCUUCGAGGUGCUCAUGAUGCUCUGCCGCAUGAUGGCGCCGCUCACGCCCUUCUUCGCGGAGCACGUCUACCAGAACCUGAGGCGGGUGGUGCCCGACGCGCCCGCCUCGGUGCACUUCCUGAUGAUCCCGGAGGUGAACGAGGCGGCCAUCGACCCGCAGAUGGAGGCGGACGUGCGGCUGAUGCUGCAGGUCAUCGAGAAGGGGCGGACGCUCCGCGAGCGGCGCGCGCUCUCGACCCGCACGCCGAACAAGGCGCACACGCUCUCGACCCGCACGCCGCUGCCCGAGGUGACCUUCGUGAGCGCAGACGCGGUGGCGCUCCGCGCGGUCGAGACGCUGCACGAGUACAUCGCCGACGAGCUCAACGUGCGCCGCGUCCAGACGGCGCCGCUCGCUGAGAUGGGAGGCCGGGUGGUCCUCAAGUGCAUGCCCAACCACAAGCGGCUCGGGGACCGGUUCGGGAAGGCGUACAAGGGCAUCCAGGGCAAGAUCCGCGCGCUCGACACCGACGCGCUCGCCGCCUUCUUGCGCGAGGGCUCGCUCACGCUCGAGGGCGAGACCUUCGACAAGGAGGACAUCCUCGUGCAGCUGCAGUACAGCGGCGACAAGUCCCACGACGCGGACGGCGUCGCGGGCGGCCUCGUCAUCCUCAACGUGUCUCCCGACGCGGCGAUGCUCGAUGAGGCGAUGGCGCGCGAGGUUUGCGCAAAGGUGCAAAAGAUGCGCAAGGAGGCGGGGCUGCGCAAGGAGGACGCGCUCGAGGUGGCGUACAGCUGCCCGGCCGACUCAUCGCUCCUCGCCCGCGUCCUCCGCGACCAGUCCGCCUACAUCGCCGGCCGCAUCGGCCGCACGCCCAUCCCGGGCGCGGCGCGGCCGCGCCGCGCCGUCUCGCUGCUGCGCGACGAGGAGGAGGUGCGCGUCAAAGUGCUCGUCGACGGAAAGGUCCAGCAGAAGACGGAGCCGCUCGUGCUCGAGCUGCUCGCCGGCUGCCCGAUCCUCGGCAGCAAGGCGGCCGAGGCGCUGCCCGACCCGUCCCUGCUGGACGACGUCGAGAACUACGUGCACUGCCUCGACUACGCGCGGCUGCGCGGCACGCUCGAGCGGGAGGGCGUGCUCAAGGUGGGGCUCAACGGCCACGCCUUUGAGCUGAAGCGAGGCGAGCACCUCUUCCUGUCGUACUCGGAGGCGGCGGCCGUCGGCGGCGUCUGACGAGCAGGCGUCCUCGACUCUUGUCACCUCGAGAGACCUCAGAGGAGCGGCCAUGCUCGAGAGGAUGGGUCUCCUCGCACCCGGGUGCGCAGGUCUCUUACCGGGUCUCUCUUGAGUCUUGUGUUCACCUCUAAUUCCUACUCCCGCCUUUGCUGUUUUUUAUUUUAAUUUUUAUUGAUUUUUUAGGGCGCUCUCGGCGCUCUCAAGCCU